AUGGGCGAGUUUCUGAUCCGUGUUUUGCGACAGACGAAGCCGUCUCCGGACUGUCAUUCCCACGUCGUGCUGGUGAAGGAGGAGGAGAGGUGCGUGGAGGGCCUCCUGCGCUUUAACGCGACGAAAGAGACAGACUGCGUGGGAAUGUGGGAGGAUUUGAACUGCUGGCCACCUGCCUUUAUGGGAGAAACUGUCUCACAGCCGUGCCCGGAGUUUUUCAGUUCAGAAGGGAAAGUGCAUCGUAACUGCACGGUGCAAGGCUGGACAGAGCUGCUCGUACCCUACGGGGAUGCCUGUGGCUACGCUUUCAGUGAGACCCUGCACUUUUCGGGAGAGUCUGCAGAUUCCCAUCUAUAUUUCUCAUAUGUGAAGGCCAUGUACACGACCGGAUACACGCUCUCUCUCAUCUCCCUCACCAUCGCCAUCACGAUUCUGAGUCUGUUCAGGAAGCUCCACUGCACCAGGAACUACAUCCACAUCCAGCUGUUCGCCUCCUUCAUCCUGAGGGCCAUCUUCAUCUUCAUCAGAGACUCCCUGCUCUUCGCAAAUGAGGAGCUCUACCACUGCGACAACUACCCAGUGGCGUGUAAAGUAGUCCUCUUCUUCUGCAACUACUCCAUCAUGGCCAACUACAGCUGGCUGCUGGUGGAGGGACACUUCCUCUACACCCUGGUGAGCCGGUCCUUCUUCUCACUGAGGAAACACCUGGCCUGGUACAUUGUCCUCGGCUGGGGUUUGCCGUUAAUCAUCAUUGUCGGCUGGGGCGUCGCCAAGUAUCUGUAUGAGAAUGAAGGCUGCUGGGAAACCAGGAGACACGAGUGGAUUUGGUGGAUUCUCCGUGUGCCGGUACUGCUGACCAUAUCCAUGAAUUUGAUAUUUUUCUUGAGCAUCCUGAGAAUUCUGGUUGGAAAACUGCGGAUGCCAGACGCGCACAGGAAUGAAUUUAGCCAAUACAAGAGGCUGAUCAAAUCUACGUUCUUCCUGGUAGCUCUGUUCGGCCUGCAGUACAUCCUCUUCGUUUUCUUGCCCGUUAAGGUCAGCGGCCUGAUGUUUAAGAUAUGGACCUUUGCAGAGCUGGCUCUCUCGUCCACACAGGGUUUUGUGGUGGCUGUUCUCUACUGCUUCAUGAACGGAGAGGUCCAUCAUGAGGUCCAGAGGAGGUGGAGAAGGUGGCGUCUGAAGCAGCACCUCCACAGCCGGCCCAGGAGGCACCACAGCUCCAUCAGCCAGAGCGGCUCUCCUGUCACCCAAGUGUCUCUGCUGCCCUGUGCCCCGCCCGGCCCGGCGGCCGCUGGCCACCCGGCGGACGCUGGGAUACUGUAG